AUGACGGUCAUUCGAAGUUUGAGUGAUUAUUUCAGAACAUUGAAUACGCUGUUAGCUGUGGAAAGUUGGAGAAGUGCUGAAGAAGCUGCUCAACUUCUUUCAGUGAAAGGUUCACAUGCACAGUGCAAAUUCCUUCUGGCUGAAACAGCUGCGACAGAACGUCGAAUACAAAUCGAUUCAGUUUUUGAUGAUAUAGCUUGUUUUCAUUUGAUGGUUCUCAAUGCACUCAGUAAACUCAAGUACGCACAUGCAUUCGAUACGCAAGCACAAAUGGUGCAACUGUUCAAUGAGGAAAUUCUGCAAAAAGAGAAAGAUCAAAAUUGGUUCAUGCCAAUUUUCUAUCGUAUUUGCACAGAUCUUCGACUGAUCGCAAGAGCGGCUGAUACAAAAGCAAAUCGAAUAUGUGAUCCUGAGAAGAGCAGUUAUUAUGAACAAGCAGCUACAUACUUCAUGAAAUGCUAUCGUUCGUGUGUCAACGACGUUCGCGCUGAUAAAGAAGUGACGAAGAGAAUCGCAAUGCUGAAUUUAACCAAUCAGUUAUUUCGAAUUUAUUUUCGGAUCAAUAAACUGAAUCUUCUCAAACCAUUGAUUCGUGCGAUUGAAGCCGAUACUGAACUUUAUCACAAGUUUUCAAUGGCCGAUAAAGUGACUUACAAUUAUUAUUUGGGACGUAAAGCAAUGUUCGACUCAGAUUUAGCACUUUGUUCGCAUUGA